GGAGGGAGGCUGCACACACCCAGUGCCCACUCAGGACAGGGACACCGAAGCCGCUCUGUAUUCUCCCGGGCGCCUUUCUCCUAGGCUGGGCAGAAGGCAAAGGACCCAGGAACACGCAGCCCCACCUCUGGGGCCAAAGUUAAGAACUUCCUCCCCCUUGGACGCACUUGUCUUUGGAUGCUGCUGGUGCCCGGCUGACCCUCGUGCAGACCAGCCAGCAAAGAUUUGAACAGGUCACAGGAUGAUGGACAAACAGAUCCUCGUCAUUCUCCUGGUCACAGCCUGCAGAAGCGUGAUGAGAGCCUCUGCAGAGACAGAGGACUUCUUCCAGACUUCUUCCCUCUCAAGGGCACAGGAUGUUCGCCCACGCAUGAAGAGAGACUGGAUUUGGAACCAAAUGCACAUCCAAGAGGAGAUGCCUGGUACACUCCCUCAUCAUGUGGGCAAGAUCACAUCAAGUGUGAACAGGAAAAAUGCCAGGUAUGUUCUCAAAGGGCCAGAGGCUGGCAAAGGCAAACUCUUUGGAGUCAAUGAACACACUGGAGAUGUGUAUGCUUUUGAGAGGCUGGACCGGGAGAAGAAAUCCGAAUAUUACCUCACCGCGUAUAUUGUGGACAAAGAUACCAACCAGAACCUGGAGCCACCUUCCAACUUCACCAUUAAAGUUCAUGACGUGAACGAUAACGUCCCUGAAUUUGCGCAGAGACUCUUCAAUGGCUCGGUGCCAGAGAUGUCAGCUGUUGGAACUUCAGUCACCAGAGUCACAGCAGUGGAUGCCGACGACCCCACCGUAUUAGGACAUGCCUCGGUUACCUAUAAUAUCAUUCAAGGCAGAGAGUAUUUCACCAUCGAUGGUUCUGGCACCAUCUUCACAACUGUACAUAACCUGGAUCGAGAAAAACAGUCAAAGUAUGAGAUUGUGGUGGAAGCCAAAGAUGGUCCAGGACUCCAUGGGGAGUCCAGCACAGCCACAGUCGUCAUCACUGUGAGCGACAUCAAUGACAAUUUCCCAAUUUUCACUCAAACAAAUUACAAAUUUGUGGUUCCUGAAGAUAUCCGAGUGGGAAGCUCCCUGGGGUCCCUGACAGUUGAAGACCCUGAUGAGCCCCAGAACCGAAUGACUAAGUACAGCAUUGUCCAGGGAGAAUACAGGGACACCUUCAUCAUUGAGCUUGAUGCUUCCAGGAACGAAGGCAUCAUCAAACCCAUGAAGCCCCUGGACUAUGAGAAUAUCAAAGAAUAUAGCUUCAGCAUCGAGGCAACAGACCCAACAAUUAACCUCCGGUACCUGAAUAAAGCUCCCCCAAAGAACUUGGCCCUUGUUUACAUCAAUGUCACGGAUGUCGAUGAACCGCCAGUCUUCUCACAACCUUUCUACCACUUCAAAAUGCCAGAAAACCAAAGGGUGAACUCAGUUGGCUCAGUGUUAGCCAAGGACCCCGAUGCAGCUCAAUGGAACAUUGGAUACUCCAUCCGGAAGACCAGCGACAGAGGACAGUUUUUCAGAAUCACCAAGCAAGGUUACAUUUCCAAUAUUAAGGAAUUGGACCGAGAAAUCUACCCUUGGUAUAACCUGACUAUUGAAGCCAAAGAGAUGAAACCUCAGGGGAAUGCCAAUGGCCUAGAAUCCAUUGCACAAGUUUAUAUCGAGAUCCUGGAUGAGAAUGACAACGCUCCAGAGAUUCCACACCCCGAUGAUGCCAAAGUGUGCGAGAAUGCCGCCCCUGGAACAUUAGUCACAAGGAUCUUGGCCAUCGACAAGGAUAUAACACCGCCAGACGUGAAGUUCAAAUACUCCCUGAUUAAAGAGGACAGUAAUUUCACCCUGACAGAAAAUCGAGACAAUUCAGCCAACAUCACAGUGAAAUAUGGUCAGUUUGAUCGGGAAAGAGCCAAGGUUCACUACCUCCCAGUGGUCAUUGCCGACAAUGGGAGACCCAGCCUUACAGGCACCACCACUCUCACCAUCACGGUCUGCAAAUGCAAUGACCGUGGGGAGCCCACGUUCUGUGAGGAGCCAGAAAUGCAGGUUGGAGUGAGCAUCCAGGCGCUCGUAGCAAUCUUUCUGUGUAUCCUCACCAUUGUUGUGAUCACCGUGCUGAUAGUCCUUCGCCGGAGGUUGAGGAAGCAAGACAGAGCCCAGGGCAAGAAUGUAGCAGAAAUCCAUGAGCAGCUGGUCACCUAUGAUGAGGAAGGUGGUGGAGAGAUGGACACCAACAGCUACGAUGUCUCUGUGCUCAACUCAGCCCGCAAGAGCAGUGGCAAGCCUCCAGGAGGGAAGCCCCCCAGACCUGCCUUAGAUACACGACCCUCUCUCUAUGCUCAGAUCCAGAAACCUCCCAGGCCAGCUCACCCUCAGGCAGUAACUGGAGAGAUGGCCGUCAUGAUCGAGGUGAAGAAGGACGAGGCGGACCAUGAUGGCGGUGGGCCCCCAUAUGACACACUCCACAUCUAUGGCUACGAAGGGGCUGAGUCCAUCGCCGAGUCGCUCAGCAGCCUCGUCACAGACUCCUCAGACUCAGACAUUGACUAUGAUUUCUUGAAUGACUGGGGACCCCGGUUCAAGAUGUUAGCUGAGCUCUAUGGCACUGAGCCUAGCCACGAAUUAAUAUACUAAAGUCACCACUGACCAGGAGGCCAUGAAGGACAGGGGCUGUCAGAGGCCAGCUGCAAAUGGCACAGAACUCCAAGUUCUCACACUAAGGAUCAACAAAACCCUUUUUUCAUUUGGAUCCUGGAAACCAGCCCCUUGAAGGAAAAGAUCCCCAAGGUCACCUGAAACUAUAAGGAUAGACAUAGCCAGUUUUAAAUUUCUUGCACAUGAUAGAUAGCUCAAUAAUGGUUUAUUGAAUUCACUUGAGUUUGGAAGAUGAAGAAAAAGAGCUGAGUGUAAUCACAUACCACAUCCCACAUUUAUCCACACCUCUAGAGAGGCACUGGGGUGUAGGAGAAAAAAUCCUGGAUUUGGACCCAAGUUCAAAUUCUGCCUCUGCUAUUCACCACUUGUAAAUGUGAAAAAGUCAGUUCCCUCUUUUUUAAAAUGAAGCGAAUGGACCAGAUGAUCUCUAAGGUCCCUUCCAGCUCUAAAUCCUGGGAUUAUGUGAAAAGCCUGGCCAUCCUGACAGUGGAGGCACCACUGUCCACCUGAUGGCAAAUAGCAGAUUUCCCACUUCUCCAUGAUUUGCUGUGCAACAAACAAAACAAGGACUGACAACUCUGUCCCAUGCAGAGCUUUAGGAGAGAAGUCUCAGGGGAAGCCAUACUGACUGUGUUUGCUUUGCUUCAAAUUAGCACAAAGCUUUAUUAACAAACCUCCUUACUUUCUCUGAACCUGAGAUAAAAGAUGGACUUUCCUCUUACACCACAACCAGUUACUUAAAUCUGUUAACCCCAGUGAUUGUUUUCAGACUUUUGGGGGCUGAAAUGGUUCCAAUUCUCAGGUGCUUUCUUAAGGAAUAGCAUCUUUCUGUCCUCAGAUACUUCCUAGCUAUGUGACCCUGGGCAAGUCACCUAACCUACGUUGCCUACUUAGCCCUUACUGCUCUUCUGUCUUGGAACCAAUACAUAGUGUUGAUUCUACAGUGGAAGGUAAGGGUUUAAAAAAAAAAAGAAUAGCAUCUUUGGGGUCAGUCUGCUUUGGGUCCCACAAUCACAGAGGAAUGGAUUUGAUGACUUGUACCUUCUAGAUGGGGUCUAUCCAGCUGGAUGGAUCUCUGUCUCUCUGUCUCUCUGUCUUUCUAUCUCUCUCUGUCUCUAUCUUUCUCUGUUUCUCUCUCUCUCUCUCUCUCUCUCUCUCUCUCUCUCUCUCGUGCUCACACUCUUUUCUCAACAACGGCAAGUGUGUUGUUCCCUUUGUUUCUCGUCAAUCCUCUUCUAAAUAUAUAGAUAGACGCAUUCUUUUCUCUUAGAAAUAGAAAUCCAUCAAUGAAGCACAUACUCACCUUUGUUCUCUUAGAUCUUCUUCCAAACACAACAAAACAUCUCAGAGGUCAUAUAAUAAAUACAAUGCCAUACCUGACUAAGAAUCCCUUCUCCAGCCUCCCAGAAGUGAUCAGAUGACUUUUUCUUGAAGACCGUUACCCCAGGAAAGGAGACCUGACCCUCUCCCAUAGCGACUCAUUCCUCAUUUUGGCCAGCUCUAACAGUUAGGAAGUUUUUCUUACCCAAAAGUAAAAUCUGGUCCCCGAAACUUUCACCUAAUUAUAAUUCUAUCUAAUUUCUCCUAUUUCUGCCUUCUGAGUUCACAGACUCAGUCUUAUCCUUUACCCUGGGUGCCUUUUGGACACCUGCCAAAAACCAUCUUGGAUUAUCCCUAAAAAAAGAAAGAGAACUUUCUUCAAUGUUCUUCCCAGCAGCCUGACAUCCCCCAAUCCCUGUAAGGCACGGUUUCUAAGCUCCUCAUCAACACCGGUUACCCUCCCCUGAAUAUGCUUUAGUUGGCUAGUGUCAUGCCUCAAACCGGCCACAAUAGUCUGAUAGUGCGCUGACCAAGCCAGAAGACAGUGGAGUGGUUGCCUCCAUUGUUCUGAAUCAAUUACUAGUGUAUGGAUGUAGCACUAUGCCUGUAGAAUGCAGCUUUAGCUGUUGGGACCGCCAUGCCAUGCAGUUGACUUAUGUUUGACUUGAAGUUGACUAGACCCCAUGAACAUCAUCCCUCUCCCGAGACAAAGUCAAGCUCAGCUCCUGGCACCACCCUACAAAACUUAUUUGAAGGGUCCACUGAACCCCUCUUCCAACACUACAUUGUAGCCCACAGACCAAAUGGGCCAUAUAGCUAAAGGCCUUCAGGGAACUUGUUCCUUGAGUUUUGAAACAGAGAUGAAUUUUUCCUCCCAGAUGAGAUGUUAGAAAUGGGAAAUGAUGCACCAAAGAAUAGGGUUCCAGGACUGAAUUUGUGUCUAUCUCUUAAUUUACAGCCUUCGAUAUUUAAAAGAUCUAGGGGCAGCUAGGUGCUACAACAGAUAGAAUACCCAGACUGGAGUCAGGGAGGCCUGGGUUCAAAUCUGGAUUCAGACACUUCUUUAGCUGUGUGACCUGGGCAAGUCACUUAACCCUGAUAGCCACACCCUUGCUUUUCUGUCUUAAAAUGUUACCAAGUCAGAAAAUAAGGAUUUUAAAAAGUAUAUUUAAAAAUUCAAUAAUUUCAUUCUCAUUGGUACUCCCCCAAAAAUGUUGAUUGCCACCCCCUACUAAUUAAUGCCAAGUCUGUAGCUGAAAGGUUCAUGAACCUAUGCCCAAACUGAUGAGGCACCUCUCUGAAUUUAGCUAGUCUGGUCCUUGGAUGACAGGCACACUGUCACAUGGCCCAUCCUUUCUGCUUACAAAAAGCACAUAUUCUGCGGGCAUAACCUUGGUAAUUCAGGGUCACUAGAAAAUUACAGUGAUGAGCUGGAAGAGAACUGCCUAGAGGUUGAAUCUUAAAAUGUUCUCUCAAUGGGAGUUACCAGCAUGCAUCCUUUUCCUUAAGAACAUUCCCAGAUAAAAUCAGACUUAAUUCUCCCUGAAGACCCAAGGGACCCAACUUUGCUGCCUCCAUCUCCCUAUGAGCCCUUCACCUCUACUACCAUCACCACUUGGUUUCUCCUUUGGAAUGGAGAGAGACCUGAGAAGGCCUUCCAUUCCUCUUCUUUAUCUUUUUAUCUUCAUAUCCUCUUCGUUGUCUAUCUUUAUCUUUAUAUCCUUGGGCCAUUCCCCUCAUGAAGAUCCAGUAAAGGAAACUUUCCCAGACGUGACUCAUAUCCCAUCAAGAGCCACCUACAGCAAUCCAAAAAUGAAACAUUCUUUGACAAAUAAGUAUCACAAAGUUCACUGUCCACACAGCUAGAAAAAAUGCAGUGAUCUGAUCAUUCUGGCAGUGUAGACAGUUUCCAAUCCAUACAGUAAUGCCUUGAGCCUGUUUGGGGUGCUUUCACCCUGUGACAAAAUGUAGAUAACAUUGAAAUAUUUCCCCAAGCCCUACCUAGUUGGGUUUCUUUUCUACAUAAAAGUAUUUUACUAAUAAUACUGACAGGCAAAUAUAUAUAUAUAUAUAUAUGUGUGUGUGUAUAGCUCAGAAUAUUGGUUCACAAUUAAUUACGUGCUAGUCAAGUUAACUUAAUAGUAAUUCAGAUUAUGUUAGUUGGAUAAAGUUUCUUAAAACCUUUCUCUCUCUGCCCCCCCUUUUUUAGCAUAGUCAUUGUUUUCUGGAGUUAUUAACUGUAUAUUGGCCAAGUUGCUGCAUUGAACGUACUGUAUUUUUUUAUAUUUGGGGUUUUUACUUAAAUAAAAGAAAACCUUGAA